CUUUCUUUCACUCGGUAAUUUUUUAUUCAACAGUGAAUUUAUAAAAUCACUGUUUUCAAUUCAAUCAAAAACGUUUCCAAAUAACGUGUUUUUAUAUUAUGUAUUUCUUGAAUACAUCCUUAGUAAAUAAAUAAUUUGUAUAGUCUUGAAUUUCUAACUGAAUGUUGGAGAGGUUAGUUUUUGUUCGUUAGGAAAAAAACAGUUUUUUAUCACAGUUCCCUUUGUUUCUCGGCUAAAAGGCAUGGAUUUCGUGAAACGAGAAGACCAAGCAUUAAUCGACGAUGAACUGCAACAACACUAUAAGCUUUACGUGGAGAAUGCUCAGAAAACCCACAUGGAGACAGAGUACCAGCACGCGCUCUCAAUGGAGCAGCUACAUCAGAUACAGACCUCCAUCAACACCACCAUAGCCCACAACUUCCAGCUCCCGCUGUCGCCCCGGCAGAUCUCCACGCUGAUGCUGAAGACCAACCAUUUCAACCAGAUACCUGCUCAUCUGCCGAGGAACUUAGAGGUAGACCUAGUGCAGAACUUAAACGAUCUAACUCAAAUGAGGAACGAGGAUAUAAUCAAUCAGAAUUUGAGGUUGAAUGAGCUAGAGCUGCAGGCGGCCCAGAAUCUUCAGCUCAACGAUCAGGAGCUGUCCCGGCUCAACCAGGACUUGAGGUUGGAGUUACCUCAGAAUCUAGGACGGGGCAUAGAGCUGGGACAUGAUUUGAUGACACACAUGGAUGAUAGGCAGAUAGAUGGAAUCAUGGAGACGAGGAUGGUGCUAGAAGAGCCUAGGCAGGUGGAUCACCAGCACCAGAUCCCGCUGCCGUUCCACAUCAAGUUGGAACAGGACGAGGAGUAUUUCUACGAGAAUGUCAACCAGGUUAACCAAGCGAUCAACGUCAACGGAAUGGGUCAUAUCCCCGUUCACACAGAGCAUCCCCAAACCAUACAACAAGACCAAAUGUAUAUAUACAACAGUCACGUUGGGGUCCCCGCUUUAAACUCCAUAGACCUCUACCCCAGACCCCAAAACUACGUAAGCUACGUAAACAAUGUCAGAGACAACCCCGAGAACCUAGUCGUCCAUAGACAAUUCGAGAACGCCAGUCCGUACGCAGAGGAAUUAAAAAAAAGACAAGAAAAAACCGAGGACCCCAAAGAAAACCAGAAACCGGACACGAAUAAGAUUCUAUUUUCAAAUUAUCAGAACGAUUUUGACACGAAAAAUGAGAACGAGGCUCAAAAUAAAAUAACCGAAGAGUUGUCUAUGAAUAUUAAAGGGGAGUAUUCUUGCUAUAAAUGUAACGAUGUUUUUUCGACUAAAAGAGGUUUGAAACAACACGCGAAAACUUGUACAGAGGUGAAUGACCCCAUGGAAAAGCUUGGAAAGUUCGUCUGCUCCCAAUGUCCGUACCGGUGUCAGUCGCCCGCCAUUUUGAAAAUUCACGAACGCACUCACACCGGUGAAAAACCGUUCUCAUGUACUUUCUGCGAUUACAAGUCGGGACAGAAGAAUAAUGUGGCCAAACAUAUUUUAGUACAUAUGAAGGAAAAGCCUUUCCGAUGCCAGUAUUGUGAAUAUAGGUGUGCGCAGAAAAAUAACUUAGUCGUUCAUGAACGAACACAUACAGGGUACAAGCCGUUUGCUUGCCCUUACUGCGAUUACCGAACCGUUCAGAAACCUAACUUGGUGAAACAUAUGUAUCUACAUACAGAUCAGAAACCAUUCUCCUGCGAUCAAUGCAGUUAUCGCUGUGUGCAGAAAACUAACUUAACUAAACAUAAACAGAGACAUUUGAAUGAGAAGAACGGUGAGAAGGUGGAUUUGAAAAGUCAGACGAAGCCUUACAGGCCGAGGCAGAAAUCUGUUAAAUGUCCGCAGUGUCCGUACAAGUGUGUACAGAAAUCUAGUUUGGAUAAACAUAUCGAGUUCAAACACGGUGCGGUGCAAAAUUUCAAUGUGGAAACGCAGGCUAGUGAAAGUGAGAUACAGAAUUUGAGUGUGAAAAAAGAUUUUGAGUGCCAAGAUAAAAUGGAAGUGUGUUUACUAUAG